UCAAUGAAUCUGUCAGCAUAGAUUGGGACUUAGCAAAUGAAAUUAUACAAACUUCUGGAAAAAGUGAAACACGAUCUGAGAACACCUGCGAUUGUUUAUUUACAAAGUCGAUGGGUUUGCCAUGCAAACACAUGUUUGCAGCUAGAAGAGCAAAAAAACUACAAAUGUUCUCUGAAAAUUGCAUUGCUCCUAGAUGGUUUAAGGAAACAGUGCAGAAAAAUCAUCGCGUUUUUCUAACAAAGGAGCAACAUGAUAGCCAUAUAAAAUUUGCUAAGCUAAAGGAUAAACCCUUGACCCACAUAGAAAAGUACCGUCGUGCUAAUCGACUUGUACAGCAUCUAUCUGAUUUAGCAGCAGAAGGUUGAUCAUCACAGUUUGAAUGUAGAAUGAGGGUCUUACAAAAUUUAGCAAGUAUUUGGGGUUCUAAUAAUGAAGCUAUGGUAACUUCAAUUCAACACCAUUUUUUUGAUUUUAAUAUACAAAACGGAUGUACCAAGUUGGAAAUCGAAAAUGAUAUAUUUCGGUCUGAACUGCGUGAAAGAAAAUUUGAAAUGACAGAUUCAAGUGACGAAGUUGUUGAAGUUGUUAAUGUUGAAAAAAAUGACAAAAUCAAUUUUGAUCCAAACUCUAAAUUUGAAAGACCAGGUUGCAGUGGUGAAGUUGAAAGCAAUACAGUACAAAACUCUAUAUUUGAAAGACCAGGUUGCAGUGGUGAAGUUGAAAGCAAUACAGUACAAAACUUUACAGUUUCUUGUGAAGGGAUUAUAGAAGUCAGAAAGGAAACUGAAAAACAGAUUAAAGAAAUCAUAAGUCUCAAUCAGAUGGACUGUUUAAGUAAAUCAAAAAAUCUAUUAUGUGAAACUUCUAAAAUACCUGAGUCCCAACUUGAUUUAUUCCAAAUUCAUUUUCCAUCAAAGUUUAUAUCACGAGGGCGUCCUAAGUCAAAAUGGAAAAAAAAUGCUGUUGGCCUGCGUAAAGUUUCGAAGAUCUGUUUGCCUUAUGAACAGAAGACCGUUAAAGAAAAAGUUCAUCUUUUGCUGCGGCGUCUGCUGAAAGGUCGAAGACAAAAGAUGUUACGGUUGUUACACCUGCUGAUAUUGCAGACCUGAAUUUAGAAGCUAAAGAUCUUCCAUCAGCUCUAAUGAAUGAAAUAGUAGUUUUAGAAAUUCUUAAGCCAUUUCUUACAACACAAGCAUGGAAAAUUUUAAGAGCUUCUUUUUUAAGACGCAAAAAAAUGAAAAUGUGGAAUUGCCCGAUUUGUCUACUCAAUGCUCCCACAGAAUCAAUUGAGUGUAGCAGUUGUCUUGAGUGGUACCACUUUAAUUGUGUCAAGGUGACAUCCAAGAUAACUAAAAAUUGGUACUGUGGUACUUGUCUGUUAAAUGUGGAAACUUAAAAUUUAU